AUGACGCUGUUGCUGAAAGCACUACCUGGUAUUCUACACGUGCCUCUGGGAAAUAUGGAGGUUGUUUUAGUAUCUGGACCUUUGAAGGUCAUAGGGAACAAGCUAGCUGCAUUGAUAACCAGCAAGUUUGCCUCCGUAAUGGGUGUGAGAAAAGACCUCCAUGAACUCCAGCAACUACUUACUGAGAUUACAAGAUGGUUCUCCAGAUUUGAAGAUAAAGCAAUAGAAAAUGAUCCAUCGUUUUGCUGGACAACAAAAUUAAAGGAUUUGGCGUAUGAUAUUGAAGAUUUGCUUGAUGAAGUCCACCUAGAAGCUGAGAAACACAAGAUAGACAUCGAUGCUGACAAUCAUUCUACGGCUGACUGCUUCUGUGCAAAACCAAUGUUAUUUCUUUUCCGAUGCAAGGUGGCCUCUAAGAUCAAGGGAAUCAAGGUGAGGUUUGCUGCAAUUGUCAAGCAAAGAAGUGACAUAAAUACUGUACUGGACAAUUCUGGAGUAGAUCCAUCUGUUCGAAGCAGACCGAUAACUGGCGAGUUGUCAUUCAUAAGUAAAGUUGAAGAGUUCAGUAUACCUGUGAGGGAUAAGAAGAAGGAUGACAUAAUAUCUAGCCUUAUAGAUUCUGAUGAAGGACUGAAUGGCUGGAUAGUUUCUAUCAUUGGAAUAGGCGGAUCUGGCAAAACUACAUUGGCCAAACUGAUCUGCCUUGACAAGAGGACAAAAGAGCACUUCAAAGAUUCAAUUUUAUGGGUCCAUGUGUCCCAAGAAUUUGAUUUGGAAAAGCUUAUUGGUAAGCUAUUUGAAUCUAUUGCUAAGAAAAAAGCAGAUCGUCACACUCAACAGUACAUGGUUAAUGCAAUUUCGAAUAGGUUGAGUGGUAAGAAGUUUCUUCUUGUCCUAGAUGAUGCUUGGCAUGACGACAGGGAUGAUUGGAAACAAUUCUUGGUUCACAUACGCAGUGGUGCACAUGGAAGCAGGGUUCUACUAACUACUCGUGAUCAGAAGGUUGCAGAAGCAGUUGGAUCUAUAGGUUUUGUGACAUUACCAGACUCUAUUGGCAAGCUUAUGAAGCUGAGAACUCUAGAACUGUUGCAGAGUACUGACCUUGAGAGUUUGCCUGAAUCAAUUGGUGAUUGUCAAAAUCUUCAAUACUUGCUACUAUAUCUAUGUGAGAAGCUCAGAGAGUUACCAAAUUCUGUUGGUAAAAUUGAAAGCCUGAGGGUGCUUCAGGUUGUCAAAUGUCAUAUUGUCGAUACAAUUGAAUUGAGUGGGGACCUUGGCAGGUUACAGACAAUCAAUUUGGCUGAACUACCUAACUGGGUCACUUUGAACCAUAAUCUUGAAUCUAUAGACCUUAGAUUCGGAAAGCUGACUUGUUUAAGAAAGCUGGGCUUGUUUGUUGUUGGGGCUGGUGUAGAUGAUGCAAGGAUCUUAGAGCUUGGAAAUCUUAAAAUGAUAAGUGGUCGCCUUGAGAUCACCAACCUUCAAUAUUUAAGAAAUCCAAGUGAUGCAAAGAAUGCUUGCUUGAAGCAGAAGAAUAUAGAGUUUUUGAUGUUGAACUGGUCCCAAAAUCAAAUGGAAGAGGCUUCAGUAUCAGACAUGGAACAUGACCUGCUGCAGCAAUCACCAAACUUGAAGCAUAUGCGAGGGCUUGUGCAAUUGCCUUUACUGAAGAAGCUGCGACUGUGCAGAAUGCCUAAUUUGGAGGAGCUGCAGAUUAUAACAUGUGCUUCUGAUGUUACAGAGGAAGAAAGGUUAUCACUGAAAAACAGCAAUUAUGAGCUGCUGCUAUCUCCGGAAUGCUCGUCCUCCCAUCUGCUUUCUCACCUCAAGGAUUUGAGACUAGAAGGAAUGGCGGCAUCGAUGUCUGGCUGGGAAUUACUGCAUCAUCUCACCGGACUGGAGUCCUUGGAAAUCUGCCUCUGCAAUGACCUGACACAAUUACCAGAGACCAUUCGUAGCCUCAGGUCCCUCAAGCGGCUGGAAGUCAAGCAAUGUUCCAAUCUUGUCAAAUUUCCCGAGUGGCUUGGGCAACUGAGCUGUCUACAACAGCUGCUUGUCUUGGAAACCCCAUUGAUGGCCAGCCUUCCUCAAUCGACGCGGCAGCUUACAUGCCUCGUGAGACUGCACAUUGGUGGUUGGCACAACCUGAAACAGCUGCCUGAGGUGAUUCAGCACCUCACAUCUCUUCACACGCUCAGAUUGGAAGAAUGCAGCGCGAUGGCUGUGCUGCCGGAGUGGAUAGGAGAACUCUCUGCACUUCGACGGCUUAUUCUUGAAAGAUGCACUGCCCUUGAGUCCCUGCCCCGUUCCAUACAACGCCGUAACAGACUCCAGUAUUUGUCCAUUGCUGGCUGCCCUCAUUUGGCAGGUUACAAGAAACAAGUUGGGGACGAGUGGCACCUUCUUCCCAUAUUUCUCAGGUAG